CACGAGGGCCUCCGUUUCAACCGUCCAACUCUGCGACUUUGCGACUUCACCAUGCUCGUGCUGCGGCUGUUGUGCCUGUGGAACCUGUGGAUAUUGACACGGGGCCAGACGCCCAACACCACUGGGAAGAUCUGCCAAUGGGGCUGCUGGGAUGAAGAGGAUGAAGCCUGUCAUCCUGGUCUCAACGACAUGCAAUGUGCAGAGAUCUAUGGUCACGUGGAAUGGCUUCAAGGCUGCGAUUGCGUGGAUGCUGCCACGGGGCUGCGUGAUAACAUCACCGUAGCAGCACCUCGCUCCGGUGUGGCCAAUAUCUACUUCUCCGUGCCUGCGUUUGUGGUGCUCUUCCGCGAGAGUUUGGAGGUGGUCAUUGUCCUUGCUAUCAUCUUGCAGUUCUUGCAGAAGAUGAAGCAAGACGGAAUGUUGGAGGAGGGCUUGUACUACAAAUUCCGCCGGGAGGUUUAUGUCGGUGCUUCUCUGGGCUUCGCCUUAUGCCUGGCCUUUGGGAUUGGAUUCUUAGCGCUCGCGUCCUUGGCCUAUGCCUUGUUUGAGGGCGACAAUGAGCGCAUCUUCCAAUUCUGCCGCUAA